AUGAUUGUGGUAAAGUGUGUUCAUGAGUGUGGUGGUGUGUCCAUCCUCGAAUAUGUUCUUGAGAGACCAGGAAUGGAAGAGAGAGAAGCCGACCCACCCGACCGAGAAGAGAAGAGAAGAGAAGAGAAGAGAAGAGAAGGACGAGACAACACUAAGAGUCAAGACAGCAGUAGCACGGCAGGACGAGACAACACUAACAGCAGUAGCACGGCAGGACGAGACAACACUAAGAGUCAAGACAGCAGUAGCACGGCAGAACGAGACAACACUAAGAGUCAAGACAGCAGUAGCACGGCAGGACGAGACAACACUAAGAGUCAAGACAGCAGUAGCACGGCAGGACGAGACAACACUAAGAGUCAAGGAGAGGAGAGCCACAGGAACCUGGGAAGUGGCCUCAACAGAUGU